UCAGAGCCAGAGCGAUCAAACAGCCGUCUCCACUCUUUUAUUUUCCAGCUUCCAGGUACAAGCGUUCGCUAUUUGUGGAUCUGACUACGUAACCAACAUUAACUAUAUAUCGAGGGUACUACAGAGGAGGAAACAUGUCGCAUCGUAAAUUUGAGCACCCAAGACAUGGCUCCUUAGCAUUUCUUCCGAGAAAGAGAGCUAGUCGUCACAGAGGAAAAGUGAAGGCCUUUCCCAAAGAUGAUCCAACAAAAGCAUGCUGGCUAACUGCCUUCCUUGGUUAUAAGGCUGGAAUGACCCAUAUUGUCAGGGAAGUCGAGAAACCGGGAUCAAAGCUCCACAAAAGGGAAACAUGUGAAGCUGUUACGGUCAUCGAAACUCCACCAAUGGUGGUGGUUGGGGUUGUUGGCUAUGCGAAGACAGCCCGUGGUCUCCGUACUUUAAAUACUGUUUGGGCACAGCAUUUGAGUGAGGACGUAAAGAGGAGGUUCUACAAGAAUUGGUGCAAGUCCAAGAAGAAGGCUUUCACGAAGUACUCUAAAAAGUAUGAAUCUGAAGAGGGGAAUAAGGACAUUCAGGUGCAAUUGGAGAAGCUGAAGAAGUAUUGUUCUGUAAUUCGUGUCAUAGCUCACACCCAGAUCAGGAAGAUGAAAGGUCUGAAGCAGAAGAAAGCACAUAUGAUGGAGAUCCAGGUGAACGGAGGAGAUGUUGCCAAGAAAGUUGACUUUGCUUACAGCCUCUUUGAGAAGCAAUUCCCUGUUGAUGCUGUCUUCCAGAAAGAUGAUAUGAUAGAUAUAAUUGGAGUGACCAAGGGAAAGGGAUAUGAAGGUGUUGUAACCCGUUGGGGUGUCACCCGUCUGCCCCGCAAGACCCACCGUGGUCUUCGCAAGGUUGCUUGUAUAGGUGCUUGGCACCCAGCUAGGGUUUCUUUUACUGUGGCAAGGGCUGGGCAGAACGGUUACCAUCACCGUACUGAGAUGAACAAGAAAGUAUAUAAGCUUGGGAAGGCUGGCGAUGAGUCCCAUUCUGCUAUCACUGAAUAUGACAGGACUGAGAAAGAGAUUACACCAAUGGGAGGGUUCCCCCACUAUGGCGUAGUUAACAAGGAUUACUUGCUGAUCAAGGGCUGCUGUGUUGGCCCAAAGAAGCGAGUGGUGACCUUGAGGCAGUCGCUAUUGAAGCAAACAUCCAGGGUUGCUUUGGAGGAGAUUAAGCUCAAGUUCAUUGAUACAUCAUCCAAGUUUGGCCAUGGCCGGUUCCAGACAACCCAGGAAAAGGCCAAGUUCUAUGGUCAGCUGAAGGCCUGAUCUUGUGAGCUUUAUUGAAAAUGAUAUUUUUUCCAGGGAACUAUAACUUCUCAUCGAAUAAGCAUGCUUGGCCAUGAAUUUUGUUAUCUUGUGGCUAGAUUUGAUUUUUCUCAUUACAUUUGAGACAAUUUAUUUUACUUGGUUUCUGGAUUCAAAUUAUAGAUCUUGAUUGGUUUGAAGCA